AUGAUGCUCAAGACGUCUCCUGCCUUGUCCGCCUCCACUAAUGCCUCGCCUACCGUCUUUCGAUAUGCGACGUCGUCUCCCCAGCACUCUUCAAAGCCUUCGCCAGCUCUCCGGCGACGGCAUUCCACACGCUCUAGCGCCUCUUCCUCUGCCGACGCUAUGAAGUCGUCUCCGAUCCAGCGCCCGAGACAGUAUGUCGCAAACGACUCGGGCGUCCAAGGGUCCCCCGCCGAUGCUCAGCAACUCUCGUCGUCGCUCUCCCAGAAGCCUCCGGCGCAGCCUUUGCAGUCGCCUCGGCCGUCUCCCAUGUCAAAGUCGUCCGCAACCCCCUCAUGCCCUUCCCAGGAGCAGAGCGUGCAACAAGCCCAAGCGCUGAGCGGGGUGUCGCCAACCAAACGUCGAAGUUCGCCCGCCCUGGCCAACUCGCAAGCCACUGCCGCUGCCAAAUCACCACCACCGUCGACUAAGCGACCAAAACCCGAUGCGCCGCCGCCAAAGGUUUUGCCCGAGAGUUAUCAAUUCUGUCCGGUCGAGGACAUGGUUGAGUUGAUUGCCCACAUGCUGGCAGAGUUAAUAGCUACAAAUGACGCCAUCCGAAUAUCGAAUGGCGGCCUGACACGAUUUCACUCGAGGACUGCACCUGGUAUUUCUGUUCGAGAUUAUCUACACCGCCUAGCCCGACAUGCGACCCUGACACCGCCGCUUCUACUGGCCAUGGUUUAUUACAUUGACCGGUUGUGCGCCAUGUACCCAGAAUUUACCAUCAAUACGUUGACUGUACACCGAUUUCUGAUAACCGCGGCCACGGUAGCCGCAAAAGGAUUAUCCGAUUCCUUCUGGAACAACACUACGUACGCCAGGGUCGGUGGUGUUCGAGUAGCCGAGCUUAAACUGCUUGAACUCGAGUUUCUCUACCGCGUGGACUGGAAGAUUGUGCCGAAUCCAGAGGUCCUGGUGGCCUACUACAAAGGGUUGGUGGAACGAACUCCAGGUUACAUUCUAGAAUCAGACGGGUCCGAAGACGACGAAGACGACACCGAGGCCGAUGGCAUGGAUGGAGAAGAUAAUGCUAGUUCGGACGAUUAG